GUGACCUACACCAACACCCAGUUCCACCCCGACACCGCCGACAUCGUUCUCCACCGACGGUCACUCCGCCGCCUUCUCCAUCCGCAUCCGGCACCCGCCCACCCCCCCGCCUGUACGGCCCGGCCGGGACCCCCGGGGACGGCGACGGGGACGGGGAGAGCGCCGGGGACAGCGCCGGGGACGGGGGGUACAACAUCUCUGCGCUGGUGACCGUGGCCCACCAAGACGUUUCCUGCGCUACGACAAAACUGCGCGGGCUGAUCGCCAGCAUCCGCCGCUUCUACCCCUCCGUCACCAUCGUGGUGGCCGACGACAGCCAGCGCCCCGAGCCCCUGUCCGGGCCGCACCUCGAGCACUACCUCAUGCCCUUCGGCAAGGGCUGGUUCGCCGGGAGGAACCUGGCGGUGUCGCAGGUCACCACCAAGUACGUGCUGUGGGUGGACGACGACUUCAUCUUCACCCCCCGCACGCGGCUCGAGAAGCUCGUGGACGUGCUGGAGAGAACCAGCCUGGACCUGGUGGGGGGCGCGGUGCGGGAGAUCACGGGUUACACCACCACGUACCGGGCAGCGGCUCAGCGUGCGGGGGGGCGGCGCGGGGGGGCGACUGCCUGCGGAACCCGGCCCGGCUUCCACCACCGCCUCGCCGGCUUCCCCGCCUGCGUCGUCACCGACGGCGUCGUCAACUUCUUCCUGGCCCGCACCGACAAGGUUCGCCAGGUGGGCUUCGACCCCCGCCUGCGCCGCGUGGCUCAUCUCGAGUUCUUCAUCGACGGGCUGGGGGUGCUGCACGUGGGCUCCUGCGAGGACGUGGUGGUGGACCACGCGUCCAAGCUGGCGCUGCCCUGGCGGCGCUCGGAGGGCGAGCGCCAGUACAACCGGUACCGGUACCCGGCGGCGCGGGACGACAGCCUGCGGCUCAAACAGCGCCUCUUCUUCUUCAAGAACCGCUUCAAGUGCAUGGCCGGGGACUGACACGGCCACCGCCCCGGCCACCGGCACGGCCACCGGCACGGCAACCACCCCGGCCACCGGCAUGGCCACCGGCACGGCCACCGGCACGGCCACCACCCUGGCCACCACCCUGGCCACCGGCACGGCCACUGCCUGGGGGGGCUGACGGUGCGGUGACACAGGGACACCUCCAAGGGACACCCUCAAGGGACACCCCCAAGGGACACCCCCGAGGGACACCCCCGGAGCGCCCGCUGGGCCACUGGCACCGGAGUGGCCCCCGAGUGGCCCCUGGGCUGCCACACCCCGUGGGUCACCCCCAGAGUGGCAUCAGUGCCACGGACACUCCAUGGGCCACCACCCUGGCCACUGGGAUGGCCACCGCCCGGGGGGUGCUGAUGGUGACACAGGGACACCCCCAAGGGACACCCCCCGGGCCACUGGCCACCCCCGGAGCACCCCCUGGGCCACUGGCACCAGGGUGGCCCCCGGGCUGUCACACCCCGUGGGUCACCCCCCUGGGGUAUAGGGGAUGGGGCUGUCACACCCCGUGGGUCACCCCCAGGGGCAUCACCGCCAUGGACACUCCGUGGGCCACCACCACUGGGGUCCCACAGGGCCACUGAGGGUGGGAUGGCACGGGGUCACCGCUCCUGGGCCACCCCGUGAGCCACCACUGCCCUCGGGGUGGCCACAGGGCUGCUGACACCUGGGUGACCCCCGAGUGACCCCUGG